CUGAUCUUUCUCCCCUAUGCAGAAUCUAAUCAGGUUUUGGCAGGGCAUGCACGGUGCAGCCUUGAUAAAGGCCUCUCCUCCUCCUCAUCCUCAUGUCACUCAAAACUCUUCAUAUUAAUGUUUUUUCUGUAAAAAUGCUUCACACUUUGUGGCCCCGGCUCAAUUUGGUUUCUAAGCCUAGUACUAAAUCCACACAACGGCUUUCCAAUGGUCGCUCGCCUUUUACAAACUACUUGCGCGCAAGGAGUUUAGAUUGCCACAACAUGCCAUCAUCUGUUGUUGAUGAAGAGAAUGGGAAAACUCUUCAGGCUGCAGCGACAGCGCAUCCGGAGCCUAAAAUCUAUCCUAAUGCCGGGAAACCAGAUUAUGUUCAUUUUAAUGCAACACUGGAGGAGGCAGCAUUAGAUGAGAUGCAGGAUGAACGAAUAGAGGCAUUGGUUGCGGAGAUGAAAUUAGAGGUGUUUAAUUUAGUGGAAGAUGGGAAAAUUAGUUCGUCCGCAUACGAUACUGCGUGGGUAGCGAGAGUGCCUGCCAUUGAUGGCUCAGCCGAACCCCAAUUUCCCCAAUUGGUGGACUGGAUUCUUGAGAAUCAGUUACCGGAUGGUUCCUGGGGAGAGGAGCGUCGCUUUUUAGCAUGUGAUAGAUUCCUCAAUACUCUUGCCUGCCUAGUUACUCUCACCUUCUGGGGCGUUGGAAACAAUCAACUGCACAGAGGUCUUGAUUUCUUACGGAGAAAUACAGAAGGAAUGAUUAAAGAAGCAGUAGCAGUCGGUCACCAUGGAUUUGAGAUGGUUUUCCCUGCACUAUUGAAUGAAGCCAAAUAUCUGGGUUUGGAUCUUCCUUACGACCUGUCUAUCAUCAAGGAAAUAAACGAAAAGAGGGACUUUGAAUUGAAAAAAGCAUCUGUUGAAGAGCUCCACACCCAGCCCACGGCAAUGUUGCAGUAUCUGGAAGGCAUACAAGAAGUAGUCGAUUGGAAAGACAUCCUGAAAUUGCAAUCCAAGGAUGGGUCUUUCUCAGGCUCGCCAGCAUCUACAGCUUGUGUUUUUAUGCACACCGGAGAUAAGAAAUGCCUACAAUUCUUGACGGACCUUGUUACAAAGUUUGAAGAUCAUGUCCCCUGCAUGUAUCCAGUGGAUAUAGCAGAGCGUUUGAGAGCCGUUGAUAGUGUUGAAUGUCUGGGGCUUGAACGCCAUUUCCAAAAGGAGAUCAAACAAGCAUUGGACUAUGUGUUCCAGUACUGGGGCGAAAGAGGCGUUGGAUUUGGAAGGGAAAGCAUGGUUCCAGAUAUUGAUGUCACAGCCACGGGCUUCAGGCUUCUCAGGAUGUUCGGCUACACUGUAUCUUCAGACGUUCUACAAAACAUUAAAGGCGAAGCUGAAGAACUCUGUAAGCUGUCUGAUAAUGAAAACGGAGCAGGGGCAAUCGACAUGCUGAGCCUGUAUAGAUGCUCACAGGUUAACUUUCCGGGAGAAAAUGUAAUGAGAGAAAUAGGUGCAUUUGCCAAAGAUUACCUGGCCAAAUCCUUGCAAAGCAACAACUUAUCUCAGGCGACGGCUAUCAAGGAUAACCUUCGCCAAGAGGUUGAAUAUGCUUUGUUUGCUCGAUGGAAUAGAAAUAUGCCUUGGCUGAUGACUAGAAAUCACAUAGAAGUGUUUAAUCCCAAUGACUUAUGGCUGGGGAAGACAUUAUAUCAAAUGCCAAAUGCAAGCAACGAAAAGUAUUUAGAAGUGGCCAAACUCAACUUCAACCGGGUUCAGGCUAUCCACAGAUCCGAAAUUCAACAUAUUAAGAGAUGGUACAAGGCUUGCAAUUUCCCGCAGCUGGAAUUUACUCGUCACAGAGAAGUGGCAAUAUACUGGACUGCUGCAGCAGUAAUGCCUGAACCACAAUACACCGAUUGUAGACUGGCUUAUGCAAAAGCCGGAAUCAUGGCUGUUAUCACAGACGACUUAUAUGACACCUAUGCAACUCUGGAACAGGCCAAGCUCUUCAACGAAGCUUUUGAAAGGUCGCUGCGUUUAAUCCCCAUGAUCUCACUUUAUCCGAUUAAGGAAUUAAUUUGCCAUAUUAACAAUCUUGUCUUUUGGGCUGGCUGCAGAUGGGAUCCACUGCAAAUAGACCAUCUACCAAAGGACAUGAGAAUAGUUUUCAUGGGCCUCUACAACACUUUGAUCGAUAUAUCUGAACGAACACAGGAGCUCCAAGGACGUGACGUGCUUCCUUACCUGCGCCAAAAGUGGUUGGAUCUGUUUUUGAGAUACACAACAGAAACAGAGUGGAUGGAAAGGCGUUAUUCGCCAUCAUUAGAUGAAUAUUGGGAGAACGCGGUGGAGUCGAUAGCACUGGCAGUAACCACCCUGACCCCAAUAUUUUCUACCGGAGACAUUCUUCCUGAUCACCUUCUCCAGAAAUUUGACUUCCGGGCAGAGUUUCUCAAUCUGGUCAGUCUCACGGGGCGUCUGAUUAACGACGUUAGAACUUUCCAGGAGGAAAGAGAUCGCGGGGAAUUGGCUUCAUGCGUGCAAUGUUACAUAAAUGAUCAUCCAGGAUGCACGGAAGAAGCAGCCCUGAAUUAUCUUUACGGAGUGAAUGAGGAUGCCCUUACUAAAUUGAAUUAUCACUUUUUAAUGCGUGCAGACAUUCCCAAGAGUUUCAGAACUCUUCUUUUCAACACGGCCAGGGUAAUGCAAUUGUUUUACAGGAAUAUAGACGGCUUUCUAAACGCCGCUGAGGAGAUGAAAGAAUUCAUUAAAAAGACUCUGUAUGAACCCCUGCUCUAAUAAAUUCCUUUUCUUAUGUUAAUGAAAUUCUAAGUGUCAACGUAAAAUAAAAUGAAAUCCUAGAUUUUUA